AAUGUUCAAUCAACGAGCGAACGAGCCAAGCAAAGCAAUUCCUCUCCCCAGCUUUUCCUUCUCGUUCUUUCUUCACAUAGCCGAGCGGGAGAGACACAGGGCAUAAAACGAGAGAAAACGAGGAGAGAAAGAGAGAGAGAGAGCGAGCUAGGGAGACCUCAGAAAGAAUUUGAUCAUAAUUCCAAGAUUCAGAAUGCAGGAUUCAAAGGGGUGUAAAUGUUUGGGGACCCUGUAAUUUUCUGAAGCUGGAGGGGACUGAGAUCUGGGUCUUGGUCCCCGGCAGAUGAGUGCAAUUUGGUGGAGUUAUUUAUAAGGGAAAAUAAUGAGCAUUGAGCAUCUGCGUAGCCCAUUUAUAGGGUUUCCACGCAUAAGCUCCGUGAAGCAGAGAAGCAAUGGUAGCUUAUCUUUUGUGGAAAGAGGGAAGUUGGGUACAAGGGUUUUCCCCAACUUUUUGUGCACAUAUAAGAACCAUGGAAGGUAUCAAAGGGUUCGGUUUUCACAUUUCUAUGGGAGAAAUGAUGAGGGUGCAAGGAGGAAUUUUGGGUUGAGAGAUAGGUUUAAGAUGAAUUGUGUAAGGGAGCCAUUUUCCCGGAGCAGUGCUGUGGUUAGAUAUUUUGUCCCCUUCUGGAAGGAGGGGUUGCUGUUCAUCAGGUGCUCUGUUUUCUUCGCUGUGAUUUCUGCAAUAGGGAUGUUGUUAUGGUGUGGACAGGUCAAAGCCAGGAGUUUUAUUGAAGCCAGGCUAUUGCCUUCAGUUUGUUCAACACUGGGUGAAUACCUUCAGCGUGAGCUUGAUUUUGGUAAGGUUCGAAGGAUAUCACCUUUGAGCAUCACACUGGAGUCAUGUUCUAUUGGGCCUCAUAACAAGGAGUUUUCCUGUGGUGAGGUCCAUACUAUGAAGCUUCGUGUCCGUCCUUUUGCGAGUUUGAAGAGGGGGAAGAUUGUGAUUGAUGCAGUCUUGUCUCAUCCGAAUGUGCUGAUUGUGCAAAAGGAGGAUUUUUCCUGGUUAGGUAUUCCUUUCUCUGAAGGUAAUGUGCAGAGGCGUUGUUCAACUGAAGAAGGGAUAGACUAUCGUACAAAAACCAGGAGAAUUGCUAGAGAGGAAGUUGCUGCUUGCUGGGCAAAAGAAAGGGUUGAAACAGCGAAGGAAGCUGCAGAGACUGGUUAUAUUGUUCCACAACACAGUUCCAGUUCAUUGGGAGCUGAUGUACAGAUAGAGGUUUUAGGUCAUUCUACUGGCCCAACAAAACCUGAGUCACUUUUCUGCAUGGAUGAGCGGAUGCACUGGAGGGAUCAUCAUUGCAUGGACACUGGAAUUGAAUAUAGCAUGAAGCAUGCUGAUAUAGAGAAAUCAUUUGGUGUGAAAGUUCCUGGAACUGGGCUUAAGUUCUGGUCUAAAAUGAUAUCACGUCCUAUCAGACACAUAUUUAAAUGCAGAGCCAAUGGAAAAUACAUCUCUGCAGCUGUUUUCACUACCAAAAAGAAAAACCUUGAGCGAAGUGCUGCAGCUGCACUUUCAUAUUUCAGAGGACUACCUGAUGGGAAGCAUAGCAAACCAUUCCAAUCAGGCAUAGAACCUUCAUCAGGAGGCUAUGGUGCUACUCAUCUUGAGGCUCUUGUUGGGAAUUAUGAGGACGCUGCUAUUGCUGGUAAAACUGAACUGAGUGGUACUGAUGGAAAUAGAAGGUCUGUUGACCCUUAUGGGGAAUCUAACAUGAAGAAGGAGAAAAAAUUUGAGCACACAAACUUAGAGACUGCUGCUAGAUACACCAGAAGCAAGGGAAAUGCAAAGUUAGUGAACAACUUGGGUAAUAGUUUUGGAUACGGAGCUGAUUCAGGGAAUCAACAUCACAAAGGAGACAAUCAUAAGACUGUAAAUAUUAAUGGCUUUAGUUUCAUGGGGAAUCCUUUCCUUUCAACUAUUGGAAAAAUUAGCAGAUUGAGAACAUUUGGUGAAAACUUGCCAUUCAGUAGCAGCAUUUCCAAUGCAGGGGAAGUUGAUAAGUGUGAUGCAAAUAUCAAGGACUUAAAAGGACUUAAUGUUGGGGAUACUCCAUAUGAGUCCAUAGUUGGUUCUGAUGGUUUACCGGACCAAAUGUUGAAGUCUUUCAAUGACAAUUCUGAGAAAGACAGUAAUUUUAAAUCUCAAGGUGCAUUUUCCAUUAAACCUGAGCCAUGGCUAACAAUGAACCAUUCAAUUCCCAUUUGGCCAUUGGGCUUGAAAUCGGGUUUACCCUUUUUCUCCAGAGCUAUUGGAGAAGUUAUAUCUGAUCGGCUGGCUGGUAAUGUUCAGAAACUGAAGUCACUCAUGGGUCUAAAAGUUGAAGAUCUUGUUGCUGAACUUGCAGAAGAGAUGGAUGAAGUGCAUACUGAGGGUAUUGGAAAGACACUUCCGGUUACGCUGGAUUCUGUGCAUUUCACUGGGGGAACAUUGAUGCUAUUAGCAUACGGAGACAGGGAGCCCAGGGAGAUGGAUAAUGUCAAUGGGCAUGUAAAAUUUCAAAAUCAUUAUGGCCGUGUCCACGUACAGUUGAGUGGUGCCUGCAAGGAGUGGAGAUCAGAUAUGAUUUCUGGAGAUGGUGGUUGGUUGUCUGCAGAUGUGUUUGUUGACAGCAUUGAGCAGAAAUGGCAUGCUAAUUUAAAGAUUGAAAACCUCUUUGCUCCGCUUUUUGAAAGGAUUUUAGAAAUUCCAAUUAUGUGGUCUAAAGGGAGAACCAGCGGUGAGGUUCACAUAUGCAUGUCAAGAGGAGAGGCUUUUCCUAAUCUUCAUGGACAGCUUGAUGUGAAGGGACUGGGAUUCCAGAUACAUGAUGCUCCAUCAUCUUUUUCGGACAUGGCAGCAAGUUUAUGUUUUCGGGGUCAACGAAUAUUUUUGCACAAUGCAAGUGGCUGGUUUGGCAAUGUUCCUUUAGAAGCUUCUGGAGAUUUUGGUAUUAAUCCUGAAUAUGGGGAGUUCCAUCUGAUGUGCCAGGUUCCCAGUGUUGAAGUUAAUGCCCUUAUGACGACUUUCAAAAUGAAGCCUCUUUUGUUCCCGUUAGCUGGGUCUAUAACAGCUGUCUUCAACUGUCAAGGCCCACUGGAUGCUCCUAUAUUUGUGGGGAGUGGAAUGGUUUCAAGAAAAACAACUCACUCACUUUCCGAGUUACCUGCUUCCUUUGCCUCUGAAGCAUUGAUUAAGAAUAGAGAAGCUGGGGCAGUGGCAGCUUUUGAUCGUAUUCCGUUUUCCUAUGUAUCAGCCAAUUUCACUUUCAACACCGAUAACUGUGUUGCUGACUUAUAUGGAAUUAGAGCAAGCCUAUUGGAUGGUGGUGAAAUUCGUGGUGCCGGAAACGCAUGGGUCUGUCCAGAGGGUGAGGUGGAUGACACAGCGAUGGAUGUGAACUUUUCGGGAAAUUUGUCCUUUGACAAAGUUAUGUAUCGGUAUCUACCAGGUCAAUUUCAACUGAUGCCACUCAAAAUAGGGGAACUGAAUGGAGAAACUAAGCUUUCAGGAUCCCUUUUAAAACCGAGAUUUGACAUCAAAUGGGCUGCACCAAAAGCUGAAGGCUCAUUCAGUGAUGCACGUGGUGAUAUUAUUAUUUCACAUGAUUAUAUUACAGUCAAUUCUUCAUCAGUUGCUUUUGAUUUGUAUAUGAAUGUUCAAACAUCAUAUCCUGAUGAUUACUCAUUAAACAGAAGAGAUUAUAGUGUUAAGAGUAUUGUGCCUGUAGUCAUUGAGGGAGUUGAAAUGGACUUCCGCAUGCGUGGUUUUGAGUUCUUCAGCUUGAUCUCUUCUUAUCCUUUUGAUUCUCCAAGACCCAUGCAUCUGAAAGCAACCGGAAGGAUCAAGUUUCAAGGAAACAUUGUAAAGCCUGCCAGUAUACUGGCUGAGGAAGUAGUUGAUUGCAUGAAUAAUGUGUUGGAUGUGCAGAUGACUGGUAAAGAAAAGCCAACUAGUCUUGUUGGGGAGGUUUCAAUUUCGGGCAUCAAGUUAAAUCAGCUGAUGCUGGCACCUCAGUUAGUUGGAUCGUUGACAAUUUCUCGUGAGAAUAUCAAGUUGGAUGCCACGGGUAGGCCAGAUGAAAGUUUGGCAGUUGAGGUUGUUGGUCCAUUACGACCUCUGACAGAAGAAAACUUGCAAAAUGGAGCAAUGUUGUCGUUUUCCCUUCAGAAGGGGCAACUUAGAGCUAAUGUUUGUUACCAGCCACAAUAUUCAUCUAGUUUGGAGGUACGGAAUUUACCACUUGAUGAACUGGAGCUGGCUUCACUUCGAGGAACAAUACAGAGGGCAGAACUCCAGCUUAAUUUUCAGAAAAGAAGGGGACAUGGAAUUUUAUCCGUACUUAAUCCAAAAUUUAGUGGUGUCCUGGGUGAGGCUCUUGAUGUGGCUGCUCGGUGGAGUGGAGAUGUUCUAAGGGUGUUCAAAAGAAGUACCAUCAUCGUACAUAUCAGGUGCUUGAGGGCCAGGCUUCUGACAUCACUUCUACUAAGUCAGAUUAUUCUAUUAAAGAUUACUGUUGAAAAGACAGUUUUGGAGCAGAACAAUAGUCGAUAUGAACUUCAAGGUGAAUACGUGUUGCCUGGCACACGGGAUCGACACCCAACAGGUAAAGAGAGGAGUGGCUUGUUGAAGAGGGCAAUGGCUGGGCAAUUGGGUAGCGUGAUAUCUUCCAUGGGAAGGUGGCGGAUGAGGCUUGAAGUCCCUAGAGCUGAAGUUGCUGAAAUGCUUCCCCUUUUACGACUUCUUUCUCGAAGUACAGAUCCUGCUGUUCGCUCCAGAUCAAAGGAUCUUUUUAUACAAAGUUUGCAGUCUGUAGGAUUGUAUGCUGAAAGUCUUCGAGAUCUGCUUGAGGUAGUACGGGGACAUUAUGCUCCAUCAGAUGAAGUGAUUCUUGAAGAGAUAACUCUUCCAGGUUUAGCUGAACUUAAAGGUCGCUGGAAUGGCUCUCUUGAUGCUAGUGGUGGGGGCAAUGGAGACACAAUGGCAGAUUUUGACUUUCAUGGAGAAGAUUGGGAGUGGGGAACAUACAAAACUCAACGUGUUCUAGCAGUUGGUGCAUAUAGCAACGAUGAUGGUCUACGCCUUGAGAAAAUGUUUAUCCAAAGAGAUAAUGCCACUAUCCAUGCGGAUGGAACUUUAUUUGGGCCAAAAACUAACCUUCAUUUUGCUGUCCUGAAUUUCCCUGUUGAUCUUGUCCCCACUCUGGUUCAGGUUAUAGAAUCUUCAGCUUCUGAUGCUAUACAUUCUUUGCGACAAUUCUUGACACCCAUUAAAGGUAUAUUACACAUGGAAGGGGAUCUUAGAGGAAAUCUUGCAAAGCCAGAAUGUGAUGUACAAGUAAGGCUCCUUGAUGGUGCUGUUGGUGGUAUAGAUCUUGGACGAGCUGAAAUUGUUGCUUCCCUAACCUCAACCAGUCGUUUUCUUUUCAAUGCCAACUUUGAGCCUAUUAUCCAAAGUGGUCAUGUACAUAUUCAAGGAAGUGUUCCUGUAGCUUCUAUUCAAAACAACAUGUUGGAAGAAGAGAAAGAAAUGGAUAAAGACAGAUCAGUUUGGGUACCUGGUUGGGCAAAGGAAAAGGUAAAAAGUUCUGGUGAUGAAAUCAAUGAAAAAAAGGCCUCUAGAGAUAGAAAUGAAGAAGGUUGGGAUGUUCAGCUGGCAGAAAGCCUCAAAGGUUUAAACUGGAACAUAUUAGAUGUUGGAGAUGUUAGGGUUGAUGCAGAUAUUAAAGAUGGGGGUAUGAUGCUGUUAACAGCUUUGUGUCCCUAUGCCAAAUGGCUUCAUGGCAAUGCUGAUAUUAUGCUCCAGGUCAGAGGUACAGUUGAACAGCCAGUUCUUGAUGGCUAUGCAUCAUUCCACAGGGCAUCUGUAACCUCACCUGUACUAAGAAAACCACUUACGAACUUUGGGGGUACAGUUCAUGUGAAAUCUAAUAGAUUGUGCAUAAGUUCCUUGGAAAGCAGAGUUAGCAGAAGGGGAAAGGUAACUAUAAGAGGAAAUUUGCCACUUAGAACUAGUGAAUCAUUCCCUGGUGAUAGAAUUGAUUUGAAAUGUGAAGUUUUGGAAGUACGGGCAAAAAAUAUCUUAAGUGGUCAGGUUGACAGCCAGAUACAAAUAACUGGUUCGAUCUUGCAACCAAAUAUUUCUGGAAUGAUUAAAUUGAGCCAUGGAGAAGCAUAUUUACCUCAUGAUAAGGGUAGUGGAGCUGCUGGUAUGAAUAGAUUGACAUCAACCCGCUCAAGUUUCCCAAGUAGCACUUACAACCGAAUGGCUGCUUCUAGACAUGUUUCACAGUUUUUCAGUUCAGAACCUACUUCAAGCACCAAAUUUACUCAACCAUCAGUUACAAGUAAACAAGCUGAAGUUGAAAAGGAAAUGGAGGAUGCAACAAGCAAGCCAAAAUUUGAUGUUCGCCUCAAUGACCUGAAACUUCUACUUGGACCGGAGUUGAGGAUAGUAUAUCCUUUGAUUUUGAACUUUGCCGUUAGUGGAGAAGUUGAGCUAAAUGGCAUGGCUCAUCCUAAAUGGAUAAAACCUAAAGGAAUUUUAACAUUUGAGAAUGGUGAUGUCAACCUUGUAGCUACACAGGUUAGACUUAAACGGGAGCAUCUAAAUGUAGCAAAAUUUGAGCCUGAUCUGGGGCUAGACCCUAUUCUAGACCUAGCUUUGGUUGGUUCAGAAUGGCAAUUCAGGAUCCAGAGUAGAGCCAGUAAUUGGCAGGAUAAUUUGGUAGUGACCUCAACACGCUCUGUUGAACAAGACGUCCUCUCACCUACUGAGGCUGCUAGAGUCUUUGAGAGUCAACUGGCACAGUCUAUUUUGGAAGGUGAUGGUCAACUUGCAUUUAAUAAGCUUGCUGCUGCAACACUAGAAAGCCUAAUGCCAAAAAUAGAAGGAAAGUGGGAAAUUGGACAGGCUAGGUGGAGGGUACUCUCUGCACCACAGAUCCCUAGUUUGCUCUCUGCUGAUCCUACAGUUGAUCCAGUCAAAUUGUUCCAAAAUACUAUUUUUGUUACUGAAGUUGAAGUCCAGCUUGGAAAACGCCUCCAGGCCUCUGUUGUUAGACAAAUGAAGGACUCAGAGAUGGCGAUGCAGUUUACCCUAAUCUACCAGCUUACAAGUCGCCUUCGUGUUCUACUGCAAUCUGCUCCUUCUAAACGUCUACUUUUUGAGUAUUCUGCUACAUCUCAAGACUGAUUUUCAUAGUGCCAUCCGAGCCAUUUGACAUUCUCUUUGGAGCGGAUUGGUCUUUAGAAGGUAGACACUGGCAUGGUGAUCACUGGUAUAAUGUACUACAUGUCAAUCCAUUCUUCUGUUCUAUUUUCUCCUUUUUAAUUUUAAAUCAAAUGUAAAGUCAUGUGUAAAUAUAUUUCAUUAUUUCUUAUCAAUAAAAUAAUCGUU